UGCCUUCCUCUUUCCUCUCUCUAACAGAAAAGAAGAAGAAGAAGAAGAAAAUUCCCAAAUUUCUCUCUUUCUUCCACUUGACUCGCUCUCCAAAUCCGCCUCGAAUUCCUCGCUCCGUCCGCAGCCAUUACCGGGGGCUGCUCUCCUUCCUCCCUCCCUCAGAUCCCCUCUUCGCACACUCCGUGUCCCUCGACCGAGAGGAGCCAGCCAGCGAGGAACAAUCCCCCGCUCAUCAACACCACCCCGCCUUCCUGCCAGUAGAGGAUCCCUUAUGAGCUGGUCGGCUGUGGUUUCACUUCAAUUUGGGGGAUACUAAAAUGGGUCAGGAGCUGGGCAAAGACAAGCUUGGAUCAAACUUAACAGUGGAUGAGAUAGCCAGCGCUUUCUACUUCUCGCUCCUGCUCUCCCCUGUCGUCUCCUUCUGGGAUUGCAUCUUUCGCAAGAUAAGAUACUCAUUCAGACCUGAGUGGGUGUAGCAUUCAGCAGCUACCGUUUCAGCACUAGUUGGUCCGGAAGUAAAUCGACGGGCCCUUAGGAAAGCAUCUAGACAGAAGUCCAAGAAAUGAACUUUGAAGGUUUUGGUUUUCCGUAACUAUAAUUAGUAGAGGAGUUUAGCUGAGAUAGUCAAUAGCAGGCAGACACAGUACAGUUGCCAUGGAAAAGGCUGUGGGUAAUCAGGCAGGCAAGGUCUUGAAGAAAGGAAAGAAGAAGCAAGCGAAAGAUGAACUGGAUCGCCAGAAGCAAGCUGAGAAGAAGAGGAGGCGGCUAGAGAAAGCACUUGCAAACUCCGCUGCCAUUAUCUCAGAGCUGGAAAAGAAGAAGCAGAAGAAGAAGGAAGAACAGCAAAGGCUGGACGAGGAAGGUGCUUCGAUAGCUGAAGCAGUUGCUCUUCAUGUUCUCAUAGGUGAGGACUCCGAUGAAUCCCGCCAUUUGAUGCUAAACAAGCACAGAAGAUGCAACGAUUGGGAGCCCUCGGCUGGUUUCGAUUUCACCGUGGACAUGCAAGGCACUGAUAUAUACUCCCCCGGUGGACUCGUGUGCGCCAAUCAUGCUUAUGCUCCCAAAGGGAGGUGGAUUGAUUGGGGGAAUGCCCAGCCAUUGCCAACCUGGGGAGAAGUGCGGGACCUCAAAGCAUCGUACUAUCAGGGAACAUUCCAUCAGUCCGUUCCCUGUCCAGGUUUCAUGGCAGCCCAGGCAGUCUCGUCGUUGCAGAUCGGAGAAGAUUCAUCUGAGAUGACCUCACCGAGCCAAGGAGUCGUCAAUAGGAUGCUUGGUGGCGGCAACAGGCUCAACCUUUACAGAGAGAUAUAAGAAGCAAAUACACACAUCGUCAUAGUAUUUUUGUAUAUAGUCACCAAAGGUGUGCUGACUAUUCUGCCUGCAGCUAUUAUCAGAAGAAUCUGAUAGUGCAUCUUGUUUGCUGUUUUCGCCAAGUCAGUGGGAUAGGAUAUUUUGUGUCUGUUAAGUACAUUGGUAUUGUAAUGAACGUUAUCAUUUUGAUUCUCUGCUGGUUUUUCUUUCAAAGACGUAAGGCUAUAUAGUCAAGAAGAGAACAUAUAACUGAUUGCACUGAAUUA